UUUUAUGCUCGCUUCAGAAAAUUGCGUUACCGGAGAGUGCAGCCAGUCAGCCACUGCUCUAUGCGCCUCCAUCGUCCUCUCCGUUAUCUAGGGUUUCUAGGGUUUUCGGACGCCGUCCUCUCGUUUUCCAACGCUAUUCGAGCUGGAGUUCCUCUCCUUCCUCUCGCGAAUCUCUAUGCGCCGCUGGUUGAGUGGCUUUGUCGAUUAGCUCGCGGCACUCUCUCCCAGCUUCCCCUAUCAUAAAGCUUUCGAUAGAGCUCACCUUUCUUCUUCGCGUUGUUUAUGGUUGUCCGGUUAGGACCAUGCUGAAUGAUCAGAGGUAGGUUGUUUUUGUUGUUCAAGGGUUUUGGAUUUGGAUGGCAUUGGGUGACUUAAUGGCAUCUCGAUUUUCUCAAUCCUCGGUCGUGGUGGUGUCGAACCACCUGGACGAUUAUGUAUCAUCAACCCCUGAAGAUAGUGAUUUGAGCUCGCACAGAAGGAAUACGGAGGCUGCGAGUAGCAGUUAUGUUAAUGCCUCGCUUUCCACCUCAACCACCAUGGCCUAUUUACCACAAACUGCUGUAUUACGUGAGCUUCGACACGAGGCGUUUGAGACCUCUGUACCCACCGGUCCCUCAGAAAGUGGGCUGGUCUCGAAAUGGCGACCCAAGGAAAGAAUGAAGACGGGAUGUGUAGCGCUAGUAUUAUGUUUAAACAUUAGUGUUGAUCCACCUGAUGUAAUUAAGAUAUCUCCCUGUGCCAGAAUGGAGUGCUGGAUAGAUCCUUUUUCCAUGGCACCUCAAAAGGCAUUGGAAUCAAUUGGAAAAACCUUAAGUAGUCAGUAUGAAAGGUGGCAACCAAAGGCACGUUAUAAGUGUCAACUUGAUCCUACAGUAGAUGAGGUGAAGAAGCUUUGCACUACAUGUCGUAAGUAUGCAAAGAUGGAGAGAGUUUUAUUCCAUUACAAUGGACAUGGCGUGCCCAGGCCAACUGCCAAUGGGGAAAUUUGGGUCUUCAACAAGAGUUAUACACAGUAUAUUCCAUUACCAAUCAACGACCUUGAUUCCUGGCUGAAGACCCCAUCGAUAUAUGUAUUUGACUGCUCUGCUGCUGGCAUGAUUGUUAAUGCCUUCAUCAAGAAGCUCCAUGAAUGGGAUGCUUCUAGUUCGGGAUCUGCUAGGGAUUGCAUUCUGCUUGCAGCAUGUGAAGCACAUGAGACUUUGCCUCAGAGUGCAGAAUUUCCAGCUGAUGUGUUUACAUCGUGCCUCACAACGCCCAUCAAGAUGGCAUUGCGAUGGUUUUGCACUCGUUCAUUGCUUCGUGAUUCCCUCGAUUAUUCACUUAUUGAUAAGAUCCCUGGCCGGCCAAAUGAUCGAAAGACGCUUUUAGGUGAAUUGAAUUGGAUUUUCACAGCAGUAACUGACACGAUUGCCUGGAAUGUUCUUCCUCAUGAUCUUUUUCAGAGACUCUUCAGGCAAGAUUUGCUUGUUGCCAGUCUAUUCCGAAACUUCCUACUUGCUGAGAGAAUCAUGCGAUCUGCAAAUUGUUCUCCAGUCUCACAUCCAACAUUGCCGCCAACCCAUCAGCAUCAUAUGUGGGAUGCUUGGGACAUGGCUGCUGAGCUUUGCCUCUCUCAGCUCCCCUCAUUAGUUCAGGAUCCUAAUGUAGAAUUUCAGCCAAGUACAUUCUUCACUGAGCAGUUAACAGCAUUUGAGGUAUGGCUUGACCAUGGUUCUGAACAUAAGAAACCUCCAGAGCAGUUGCCUAUAGUUCUUCAGGUUUUGCUUAGUCAAUGCCAGCAUCAUGCUUUGUGGCUCCUUGGAAGGUUCCUUGAUAUGGGGCCAUGGGCUGUAGAACUGGCAUUAUCUGUUGGAAUAUUUCCAUAUGUUUUGAAGCUAUUGCAAACAACUACUCCUGAACUUCGUCGUAUUCUUGUUUUCAUAUGGACAAAGAUUCUUGCACUUGAUAAGUCAUGUCAGGUUGAUCUAGUGAAGGAUGGAGGUCAUAUCUAUUUUAUCAAGUUUCUUGAUAGUGUGGAAGCAUCGCCAGAUCAACGUGCAAUGGCUGCUUUUGUCUUGGCUGUUAUUGUUGAUGGGCAUAGACGUGGCCAAGAAGCCUGUAUUGAAGCUGGUCUGAUCUGUGUUUGCUUGAGGCACCUGCAGAGUUCUCCUCCCAAUGAGGCACAAACUGAACGCCUGUUCUUCCUUCAGUGGCUAUGCCUCUGUCUAGGGAAACUUUGGGAAGAUUUCACUGAGGCCCAGAUAAUAGGCUUGCAGGCAGAUGCUCCUUCUAUAUUUGCACCCCUACUAUCUGAACCCCAACCAGAGGUCAGGGCUUCUGCUGUUUUUGCACUUGGAACCCUUCUUGAUGUGGGAUUCGACUCUUGCGGCGAAGGUGUUGAAGGGGAUGAAGAAUGUGAUGAUGAUGAAAAGUUUAGGGCUGAAGUUACUAUAGUUAAAAGUCUUUUGAGUGUUGCUUCAGAUGGGAGUCCAUUGGUGAGGGCAGAGGUAGCUGUUGCUCUGGCACGCUUUGCCUUUGGCCAUAAUAAGCACCUAAAAUCCAUUGCUGCUGCAUGUUGGAAGCCGCAGACAAAUUCCUUGUUCAACACCAUACCUUCAUUGUUGCAUAUGAAAGGUUUGGGUGGUGGAUAUGCUAGCCAAAACCGACAUAUGCCUCAUGGAAGUAUCAUUGCAUCUCAAAUUGGUCCCAUUUUGAGGGUUGGGAAUGACAAUUCAAUAGUAGUGCGAGAUGGACGAGUCUCUUCUAGCAGUCCUCUAGCAAGUUCUGGAAUGAUGCAUGGUUCUCCAUUGUCAGACGACUCUUCUCAACAUUCUGAUUCAGGAAUACUGAAUGGAGUGUUGGACCACUCAGGACCAAAAUUAGACAUUGAACUGUAUUCACAAUGUAUAAUUGCUAUGUAUACAUUAGCAAAAGAUCCAUCUCCACGCAUUGCAAGCCUUGGUCAUCGGGUACUGUCCAUAAUUGGGAUUGAACAAGUAGUAGCAAAACCAUUAAAGACCGCUGCUAUUCAGACUAGUGAAGCUACAGCAUCUCUUAGUCUUGCGGGAUUGGCUCGUUCAUCCUCUUGGUUGGAUAUGAAUGGAGGUCACUUGCCUCUAACCUUCAGAACUCCCCCAGUGAGCCCCCCUCGCCCUAGUUACAUAACUGGAAUGCGGAGAGUAUGCUCGUUAGAGUUCAGGCCCCACCUCAUGAAUUCUCCAGACUCUGGAUUAGCUGAUCCACUUCUUGGUUCUGGCAGAACUUCUGAUCGUGGUUUUAUUCCACAAUCAACUAUAUAUAAUUGGAGUUGCAGUCACUUCUCCAAAGCAGAUGAUUUUGAAGAAGUGUCAUCUAGAAGAGAAGAGAGGGAAAAAAUUGCAUUGGAGCACAUAGCAGAAUGCCAACAUUCUGCUGUUAGCAGGCUAAUAAAUCCAAUUGCUAAAUGGGACACAAAGGGUACACAAACGACAUUGAUGCAUCCUUUCUCUCCUAUAGUGAUAGCUGCUGAUGAGAAUGAACGGAUCAGGAUAUGGAAUUAUGCAAAGGCUACACUUCUCAACAGUUUUGACAAUCACGGUUUUCCUGAUAAAGGAAUUUCUAAGCUCUGCCUAGUGAAUGAGCUUGACGAUAGUUUGCUUCUGUCUGCUUCAUCUGAUGGAAACAUUCGAAUUUGGAAAGAUUAUACAUUAAAGGGUAAACAAAAGCUUGUCACUGCUUUCUCUUCAAUCCAUGGCCAUAAACCGGGCAUGCGAAGUCUGAAUGUUGUUGUUGAUUGGCAACAGCAAAGUGGUUACAUGUAUGCUUCAAAUAAGAUGUCUACAUUGCUCUGGGAUCUGGACAAGGAGCAGCUUGUUAAUACUAUAGCUUCGUCAUCAGAUUGCAGUAUCUCAGCUUUGGCUGCUUCUAAAGUUCAUGGGAGCCAGUUUGCAGCUGGUUUUGUUGAUGGUUCUGUCAGGAUUUAUGAUGUCAGGACACCUGAAAUGCUUGUCUCUGCUUCACACCCACAUACUCACAGAGUGGAAAGAGUUGUCGGGAUUGGCUUCCAACCAGGUCUAGACCCGGGAAAGAUUGUUAGUGCUUCUCAGGCCGGAGAUAUCCAAUUUCUUGAUAUAAGAAAUCACAACGGUGCCUAUCUCACCAUUGAAGCUCACAGGGGCUCACUUACAGCUUUAGCUGUACAUAGACAUGCUCCAAUUAUUGCGAGUGGCUCGGCCAAACAAAUAAUCAAAGUCUUCAGCCUGGAGGGUGAUAUACUUGGCACAAUUCGAUACUACCCUACCCUAAUGGCCCAGAAAAUUGGUGCUGUAAGCUGCCUCAAUUUCCACCCAUACCAAUUAUUGCUUGCUGCUGGUGCCGGGGAUGGGUGUGUAUCUGUCUAUGCCGACGAUAACACUCAAGCAAGAUGAAUCCACGCGUCUCCAUGAUAAGUUUCAUUGGCACCUAGGUGGUUCAAGAACAUACUUGAGGACGGCCACGCAUAUUACUUGCAGUUGGAUUACCAUGUGAUGAUUCCACAAUCCGCAGCCUGUGUGAAUACGUUCGGAAAUAUUGGUUGAUUCUGCUAAUUAGUGUAUACGUUAUCUAUUCAUUAGUCUCCAUUGUUGAGGGUUGCACUCGGCAGGAAGAAAGUCCUGCGUAUGUUUGUUAGUUUGGAGGCUUAGGCAAAUAAUGUCAAUUUGGUAAAUGUGUGUAUAUAUAUCCUCAUAAUGUUAUUCUUUUCCUCGCUCGUGUGUCAUUUCUCACCCUAUUUUCCAAUCUGUAAUUCAGAAUUCAUAAUUGAAAUUGUUUCUGGCGGAUAAUGAAGGUGGUGGAGUCCGGAAAAUCUGGGCUCUUUGCGUUAAA